GCGGAUCUAGAAGGCUCUGGCGUUGUUUCUCGAAACGGUGUGGCUCACGUUGGUUGAUUUUUCUGAAUUUUGUGAGAAUUACGUGAAAAAUGGCAGCGAUUAGUCUAUUAAAUCCGAAAGCUGAAUUCGCCAGAGCUGCACAAGCUCUGGCUGUCAAUAUCUCAGCAGCCAAAGGUAUUCAAGAUGUGAUGAAGACAAAUUUGGGCCCAAAAGGAACUAUGAAAAUGCUGGUUUCUGGAGCUGGUGAUAUUAAAAUCACUAAAGAUGGCAAUGUACUCUUGCAUGAGAUGCAAAUUCAACAUCCAACUGCAUCUCUUAUUGCACGGGCAUCUACUGCCCAAGAUGAUAUGACUGGGGAUGGUACAACUAGUACCGUUCUUGUCAUUGGAGAGCUUUUGAAACAAGCUGACCUUUAUAUCUCAGAGGGACUUCAUCCAAGAGUACUUACUGAGGGCUUUGAUCUCGCAAGAGCCAAGACAAUUGAAGUUUUAGAUUCUUUGAAGAUUCCCAUUGAGCCAACUAAGGAGGGUCUUUUGGAUGUUGCAAAAACAUCUCUUCGAACUAAAGUGCAUCCUAGUCUGGCUGAUAAACUCACAGAUGUCUGUGUAGAGGCAAUUUUGACUAUUAAGCAGGGUGAUCAGCAGAUCGAUUUACACAUGGUUGAGCUUAUGGAAAUGCAACACAGAACAGCAGCAGAUACUAGUUUGAUUCGUGGAAUUGUUAUGGAUCAUGGUUCCAGACAUCCAGAUAUGCCGAAGAGGCUUGAAAAUGCUUAUAUUCUAACCUGCAAUGUCAGCUUAGAGUAUGAAAAAAGUGAAGUAAAUAGUGGAUUCUUUUACAAGACUGCAGAAGAGCGCGAGAAGCUUGUUGCUGCUGAACGUGAAUUCAUUGACAAUCGUGUGAAGAAAAUCAUCGAAUUGAAAAAGAAACUAUGCGACGGAACGGACAAGUCAUUUGUCGUCAUAAAUCAGAAGGGCAUUGACCCACCAUCCCUAGAUAUGCUUGCUAAGGAAAAUAUAAUGGGUUUGCGUCGUGCCAAACGACGAAAUAUGGAACGUUUAGCACUUGCUUGUGGUGGUGUUGCCAUGAAUUCAGUAGACGAUUUACAAGAGGAACAUCUUGGAUGGGCUGGACUCGUAUACGAACAUGUAUUGGGAGAGACCAAAUACACUUUUGUAGAAGAUUGUAAGAAACCAAACUCUGUAACCAUUCUUCUAAAGGGACCCAAUAAGUACACGUUGGUCCAGCUGAAGGAUGCUGUACGAGAUGGCUUGCGCGCUAUCAAGAAUGCCAUUGAUGAUCGCGCCGUGGUUCCUGGUGCAGGUGCAUUUGAGGUGGCAGCCAGUCAAGCAUUGCAGCGUUUUAAGGAAGAAGUCAAAGGAAAACUGCGUCUCGGUGUGCAGGCUUAUGCCGAAGCUCUACUUAUCAUUCCGAAGACACUUGCGAUAAACAGCGGGUUCGAUUCUCAAGAUACUAUUGUCAAAUUGUUCGAGGAAAGCACAGCUCUUGGUGAAGCUGUAGGAUUGGACUUGUCAUCCGGAGAAGCACUGAAACCUGCAGAUGCCGGUAUCUUUGAUAAUUACGUGGUGAAGAAACAGAUAAUUAAUUCUUGUACCGUCAUCGCUAGUAAUUUACUUCUGGUGGAUGAAAUAAUGAGGGCGGGUAUGUCAUCCCUUAAAGGUUAAUGCACUUUUACAGGAUGACCUGUUCCUCUUACUAUGGAAUUUAUAACUUAUAAUUACUUUAUG